AUGGCUGAAGAAUAUCUCCAAAAAUCGCUUGUGAUCAGAACUGAAAUUGGCGACAGAGCAGGGGAGGCAUCAUGUUAUGGAAACCUAGGUACUGUGUUUAAGUCGCUUGGCCAAUACGACAAGGCUGAAGAGUAUCUCCAAAAAGCGCUUGUCAUCACAACUGAAAUUGGCAACAGACCAAAGGAAGCAUCAUGUUAUGGAAACCUAGGUACUGUGUUUAAGUCACUUGGCCAAUACGACAAGGCUGAAGAAUAUCUCCAAAAAGCGCUUGUCAUCACAACUGAAAUUGAAGACAGAGAAGGGGAGGCAACUGACUACGGACACCUAGGUACUGUCUUUGGGUCGCUUAUUCAAUACGACAUGGCUGAAGAAUAUCUCCAAAAAGCGCUUGUCAUCGGAACCGAAAUUGGCGACAGAGGAGGGGAAGCAUCAUCUUAUGGAAACCUAGGUACUGUGUUUAAGUCGCUUGGCCAAUACGACAAGGCUAAAGAAUAUCACCAAAAAGCGCUUGUCAUCAAAACUGAAAUUGGCGACAGAGAAGGGGAGGCAUCAUGUUAUGGAAACCUAGGUACUGUGUUUAAGUCGCUUGGCCAAUACGACAAGGCUGAAGAGUAUCUCCAAAAAGCGCUUGUCAUCACAACUGAAAUUGGCAACAGACCAAAGGAAGCAUCAUGUUAUGGAAACCUAGGUACUGUGUUUAAGUCACUUGGCCAAUACGACAAGGCUGAAGAAUAUCUCCAAAAAGCGCUUGUCAUCGGAACCGAAAUUGGCGACAGAGGAGGGGAAGCAUCAUCUUAUGGAAACCUAGGUACUGUGUUUAAGUCGCUUGGCCAAUACGACAAGGCUAAAGAAUAUCACCAAAAAGCGCUUGUCAUCAAAACUGAAAUUGGCGACAGAGAAGGGGAGGCAUCAUGUUAUGGAAACCUAGGUACUGUGUUUAAGUCGCUUGGCCAAUACGACAAGGCUGAAGAGUAUCUCCAAAAAGCGCUUGUCAUCACAACUGAAAUUGGCAACAGACCAAAGGAAGCAUCAUGUUAUGGAAACCUAGGUACUGUGUUUAAGUCACUUGGCCAAUACGACAAGGCUGAAGAAUAUCUCCAAAAAGCGCUUGUCAUCGGAACCGAAAUUGGCGACAGAGGAGGGGAAGCAUCAUCUUAUGGAAACCUAGGCACUGUGUUUAAGUCGCUUGGCCAAUACGACAAGGCUAAAGAAUAUCACCAAAAAGCGCUUGUCAUCAAAACUGAAAUUGGCGACAGAGAAGGGGAGGCAACUGACUACGGACACCUAGGUACUGUCUUUGGGUCGCUUAUUCAAUACGACAUGGCUGAAGAAUAUCUCCAAAAAUCGCUUGUGAUCAGAACUGAAAUUGGCGACAGAGCAGGGAGGCAUCAUGUUAUGGAAACCUAGGUACUGUGUUUGGGUCGCUUGGCCAAUACGACAAGGCUGAAGAAUAUCUCCAAAAAGCGCUUCUCAUCAAGACUGAGAUUGGCGACAGAGGAGGGGAAGCAUCAUGUUAUGGAAACCUGGGUACUGUGUUUGAGUCGCUUGGCCAAUACGACAAGGCUGAAGAAUAUCUCCAAAAAGCGCUUGUCAUCACAACUGAAAUUGGCGACAGAGGAGGAGAUGUUGAAGGCCUAAAUGUAAUAACUGUCCUAAAUGUAAUAAAGUCCUAAAUGUAAUAACAUUUGGUCCUAAAUGUAAUAAAGUCCUAAAUGUAAUAACAUUUAGUUCUAAAUGUAAUAAGCCUCUAAUGCAAUCGUUUAACUCCUUCAGUGCAUUAUUGUUAUGGCGGACAUCCACCUUGAUAUGUUAAAGUGGCAGCUGUUGCACCAAAAAACCGCUGACCAGUAUACAUAUCACACUACGGGCUCGCUGAUAUCAAUGGGCGUCCUUUUACUUGCUGGACAUAAGAAAUAUCAGCAGUCGAAGUAUGGUCCUUUGAGCGGUUUAUUGAUCGAGUUGGAAAAAAUUAUUUCCAGCCUAAAGUAGGCUUGUGCUUGGCUGGAAGCUCAAUAGGAUGGAAUCGAUUGGUACGUAAUCAUUAGGACUUUUUGGAAAAGAAAUUUACUACAAUUGAUGAUGAACUAGCAUGUUAUUGUUGAUGUUAUCGUUCGUGUGAAAGUCCUAAGUACUGAUGCACCAUUUUAGAGCAGUCUGAAUGAUUUCGCUGUCACAUGUUAAUCCAAAAGAAAAGUGUUAUCAUCAAUAGUGUUACUGAAAUUUUGCACAUCUAUGUUAUUCCGUGUCAAUUGAUUUUAAUGAAGCAUUUGAGUUCGUUUUUAAGAAUGACUACCUUGAUUUAUUCAAUUUUGAACCUGGGAUAUUGCAUUUGUAGCCCUCUAUGGCUUUACUCCACCUCAGUAAUCAGUUCAUGUACCAUAUGACUAUAAAUGGAAACUGUUGAGCUUUCCUUUUUCAUUCAUCUAUUUAUCUAUUCAUUUUCUCCCCUCACGGCAGGGAGAAGAGAUGAAGUCAAAAAAUGAAAUGUAGACUUGAGAUCAACUGUAAAAUAUAUGUUUUCCCAAUAUUUCGGUUCGGGAACUGAUGAACCUGUCAUAAGGGGAUAAAGGAAAAAAAUGAAUGGUUUAUCAGACCAUCAACUGACCAUCAUGCGUUAAAUGUUGUAGCUCAAUGCUCUUGCGUGGAAAAAAGGCAACAUGUCGAGACCUGUGAUCGUGAAAUGGAAUAAUAUAUGAUUGGUCAGUAGAUAUCUUGCUCUGUAAGUCACUUUAUCAUAUAGCUAGCAGCGCGCGCGAGCAAGAUGAAGUGAAUCCUGUGUUCUGACUGGCUACCUGAGCGGGCAUGAUGGGCCUACCCUCACCCGCUUUGGAUUCCCCGUAUUGACCCCACGCAAGAAAACUUACAAAGUUCGUAACUUUUGGACAAUUUCGGCAUAUACAUAGAAAAAAAAUAAACGACCCUCUUGGGUUUAUUGUGUUGCAAACACAGUUGGCUUUCACUAUCGGUUCUCGAAAUAAACAAGCCAUUCUUGAUUCUUAUCAAAGCGAGAUCUUUUUCUAUACAAUGAAUCCUUUAAUGAUUAAGCCAAGAGAAUACAAACUCUCUUGACCAAGCUUGUCCGGUCAAGAUGACUGGAUGUUAGCCUCGUUCUUUUUUUACCUUUUUUACGGACCGAGACUUCGUCUCGCAAAAAAAAAAAAAAAAAAAAAAAAAAGAACUCGCCCAAUAUCCAGCCAUUUUGACCUCACGCUUGGUCAAUAACACUUAUGAAUAUGUUUUAUGCAGACCCAUACAAAUCUGGUAAGGAAAGACAGUACAAAAAAUGCACUUACGAGCCCGGAAUUUGUCUAACGUAUAGGUCAGUGGACUUCCUUUUCCUUGUAAUUUGGUUCAUGAAGUGUUAACUCCAGCACUGAUCACACAAGUAUAUCGUCAAAAUCUAUUACACUUAAUUAAGAGUCUGAGCCCAUGAUAUAAAGAGAGCUAUUGAUCAGCGUUGUCAUUGCUUUUGCGUCCGUCAAUUUGAUGCCAAAAGCACAUCAGUAUAAGGUUUUGUAGCCAAUGCUUCUCAACCUACGUCUUUAGCAAAUAAAAAGACCCUGAUUAAUAUCAGCGAGCCCGCAAUAUGCCAUGAAUACAGGUCAGAGGAUUCUUUGGUGCAAUAGCUGUCACUUUAACAUCUCAAUGUUAUUGAAGGAGGCUUAUUACAUUUAGGACCUAACGUUAUUACAUUUAGGGCUUUAUUACAUUUAGGACCAAAUGUUAUUACAUUUAGGACUUUAUUACAUUUAGGACAGUUAUUACAUUUAGGACUUCAACAGGGGAGGCAUCAUGUUAUGGAAACCUAGGCUCUGUGUUUGAGUUGCUUGGCCAAUACGACAAGGCUGAAGAGUAUCUCCAAAAAGCGCUUGUCAUCAGAACCGAAAUUGGCGACAGAGGAGGGGAAGCAUCAUGUUAUGAAAACCUAGAUAAUGUGUUUAAGUCGCUUGGCCAAUACGACAAGGCUGAAGAAUAUCACCAAAAAGCACUUGUCAUCAGAACUGAAAUUGGCGACAGAGAAGGGGAGGCAACUGACUACGGACACCUAGGUACUGUGUUUGGGUCGCUUAUCCAAUACGACAUGGCUGAAGAAUAUCUCCAAAAAUCGCUUGUGAUCAGAACUGAAAUUGGCGACAGAGCAGGGGAGGCAUCAUGUUAUGGAAACCUAGGUACUGUGUUUGGGUUGCUUGACCAAUACGACAAGGCUGAAGAAUAUCACCAAAAAGCGCUUGUCAUCAGAACUGAAAUUGGCGACAGAGGAGGGGAGGCAUCAUGUUAUGGAAACCUAGGUACUAUGUUUAAGUCGCUUGGCCAAUACGACAAGGCCGAAGAAUAUCUCCAAAAAGCGCUUGUCAUCACAACUGAAAUUGGCGACAGAGAAGGGGAGGCAACUGACUACGCAAACCAAGGUACUGUGUUUAAGUCGCUUGGCCAAUACGACAAGGCUGAAGAAUAUCUCCAAAAAGCGCUUGUCAUCACAAAUGAAAUUGGUAACAGACCAAAGGAAGCAUCAUGUUAUGGAAACCAAGGUACUGUGUUUGAGUCGCUUGGUCAAUACGACAAGGCUGAAGAGUAUCUCCAAAAAGCGCUUGUCAUUAGAACUGAAAUUGGCGACAGAGGAGGGGAAGCAUCAUGUUAUGGAAACCUAGGUACAGUGUUUGGGUCGCUUGGCCAAUACGACAAGGCUGAAGAGUAUCACCAAAAAGCGCUUGUCAUCAGAACUGAAAUUGGCUACAGAGAAGGAGAGGCAACUGACUACGGAAACCUUGGAAUUGUGUUUAGAACUGUUGGUGAUUUUGAAGCUUCGGAAGUAUGCUUGGAGAAAGCUUUAUUGAUAUUUAGAGAUAUUGGAGAUGGAAGAAAAGAGUUUGAUAUCCUUCUAGGUUACGCCGUUUUGUAUUUAUAUCAAUAUAAAAUCAAAGACUCCUUGUUGUGUCUUUAUUUGUGCAUUGGAAAGUAUGAGGAGCUGAGAUAUUUCUUGGGCGCCAAUGAUCAGUUCAAAACAUCAUUUCUGGAGCUCACAGGGAUGUUCCCCUACAAACUGCUUUGUACUUUGCUUUGUGACACCGGAAAUGCUCGGGAUGCUCUUUAUGUUGAGGAGUUGGGUCGAGCUAGAGGCCUAUCAGACUUAAUGGCAGAGAAGUACUCGGUUGAAACGCACAUCUCUGCUAAUCCACAAUCUUGGGUUGGCAUUGAGAACAUUUAA